UCUUUAUUUCGAGCUACUUUUGACUUUCCAUCUGAUUUGCCGAAUCGCUCGGGGUCACGAGCACCCCGACCGCCGGCCCAAAAUCCUCAUUGCUUGUAGUAGUAGUAGGUAUCUAUCAAUAUAUACAAGUCAUCUACGAGAAUUAAGCCUCCGCACUGCCUGCGCCGGCCGGUGAUCUGAUCGAUAUCGGCAGUCAGCCAUACAUCGAUCGAGCGGCAAAGCGCCUAUAGCUGCUGCAAGACAUGUCGGACGGCACGGCCAACUGCAUCGACAUCCUCAUCGCCAUCAUCCUCCCUCCUCUCGGCGUCUUCCUCAAGUUCGGAUGCAAGGUGGAGUUCUGGCUCUGUCUUCUGCUCACCUUCUUCGGCUAUCUCCCGGGGAUCAUCUACGCGGUCUAUGCUAUCACCAAGUAGUAGUUACAUCUCAUCUUUACUAUACAUCUAAGGUGAUUGAAGCUAGCUAGUAGUACUAGUGAAACCUGUCUUGCGUCUAUGUAUCGAUUCAUGUGGUCUACGUACGUACUGGAUCUCAACUACUUGAUCUGUAUCGGUUCAUGAUCAGGCCUCUGGGCUACUUCACGUCAUAAGGGAGAAGAAUUCUUGUGCAAUCAGUGUUGAGUGCUUUGCCGACCUUUCAUCUAA